AAUAUGUCACAAAAUAGAAUUAAAAAAUUACUAUUGUCAGAGUAUAAAGAUAUUUGUGAUAAAAUAUUGGUUGAAUCACCAUUUGCUGAGACAACAAGAGAUGGUAAAGGAAUACGUGAAGUUGCACUUGGUUUGACACCAUCAAAAUUAAUCAUUGCAACUGAUGUUUUUAGAGGAAAAAAUGAUUAUUUAUGUCAUCCAAAUAUUGAUCCAAGUAUUGAAAGUUUUGAGCUUGUUUCAAUUUAUCCACUUGAGUAUAUUAAUCUUAGUGUAUUUAGAAGACGACGAAGAAAAACAUUGAAGGCAAGAUUAAUAAGUGGCAAAGCAAAUUACUAUGAACUUGGUGGUAUGUUGCGAAGAAAUAUUCAGUGGAAACGUUGGUGUGAGCAUAUACAAAUAUUAUUAUCAAAAAGAGAAAAUGGAAGUUCAUUAUCAGAAACAAGUGCAGCAAGUUCAUCAAGUACAAGUACACUUUAUAUUUUAUCAUCUGAUUAUGAUGUACCAAGCAAUAAUUCUAAUGGAGAAAAAAAAAAAGAAAAAAGUUCAUGUAGAGUAUGGGCACAUUAUGGUCUUACUGAUGAAUCAAGUUCAUCACGAGUUUGGUCAAAGAAAGAUAUUUAUUUGGGUGAUGGAUAUAAUGAACUUGGUCAUGGAUAUUAUUCACCAAUUCCUGUAAGAUUUGCUGGAACAAGUUUUGAGGAUUUGAGGCAUUUAAAAAUAAUAAAACAAUUUGAAUUUUUGCCAACAUCAGCUUAUAAAAAAUCUUACCAUAGUUGGCCAAAUGACAAUAAUACAAGAGCAAGAAAUCAUCGUAAUCCAAGUGGAGGUCUUUGUGAAGUAAUUUUUACACGUGAAGGUAAUUGUAAAACAGAAAAACACAUAUCACCAUCAUUUAAAAAAAUAACCAAUGAAUAUGUAACAUGUGGUGAUCAUAAUUGUCAACAAGUAUAUCCUGUUGAUUCAAAGAAAAUAGAAAAAAAAAAUUCUAAUAACCAGAAAUUAUCAUUGGAGUCAAGUGUCAGACUAGAACAAAAAUUAUCUAGAUUUGGAUUUGGUGUUAAUGAAAAUUGUACUUCAUGUUUAUGUCUUAAACCUUACAAAGGUGAUCCAGAUUAUUUUGUUAGUGUUAAAUCAGCUUAUAAAUUAAUGGAUCCAUAUAAAUUAAUUGAAAGUGGAGUAUCAAUAUGGGAAAAUGGAAAAAGAUCAUCAAAAAUAUUAAAUAAUAAAUCAAAACAUUUGAGACGUUAUGGUCUUGCAACAUCAGCUCAUUUUCUAUUUGCACUUGGACCAUGGUCAGUACAUCCUGGUGAUAAAAUAUCAAUACAAAAUAGACGUUCAUCGAGUCUCGUAACAAUUUGUCGACAACCAAUUGAAUCAGAGUUACGUUUACCUGUUUCUCGACGUCAACUUUCAGGUAGUGUUUCUAUGACAUCAUUAGAAACAAGUUUACCAUCAACAGCUUUAACAACAGCAACAAGAGGUCGUGUUAUAUUAUUUUGGACACCUGAUUAUUGGUAUCGUCCAAGAGCUGCAACUGCUGCUUAUCAAGAACUUCGUAAGCAUUUAAAACUUAUUAGUGAUUUUCAAUAUGAUAAAAGUCAUAAAAAAAAUAAAAAUUCAUCAAGUAAAAAUUUUUUUAAUAAACGAAAUAAUAACAAAGAAAAUUUAAAUGAAAUAACAAAUUAUGAUAAAAAUAAUCGUUUAUUUGAUAAAUUAUUAUUUAGUAUGAAAAAUUUAAAAAAAAAUAAAAAUAAUAAUUGUAUUAUUGAAAAUUCAUCAAUUAGCCAAUUACGAAGAUUAUUAAAAAUUAAUUUAAAAAUAACUGCAUGGGAUUUAGACAGUACAACAAUUGCCAAACAAUUAACAAUUAUUGAUCGUGAUCUUUUUUUACGUAUUCCACAAUUAGAAAUUGGUGUUAUUGUUUAUAAAAAAUCAUCAAGAAAUGCACCAAAUAUUGGUGCAUGGAUUGCAUUUAGUCAUCGUGUAUCUUGUUUAAUAACCAGUGAAAUAUUAUCAAUUAAAAAAAUUGAUAUUAGAACAAGAAUAUUAGCAAGAUUUAUAAAUGCUGCAAAUAAAUGUUAUACAAUGAAAAAUUAUCAUUCUUGUCGUUCAAUUUUAGCUGGACUUCAAUCACCACCAAUUUAUCGUCUUAAAAAUACAUGGAGUUAUUUAAAAACUCAUCAUGCAACUCGAUAUGAGACGAUGAUAAGACUUUGUAGAAUUUUUCAAAGUAUCAGAACUGAUACGUAUCGACGAACUUGGAUAAAAGCUGAACAAUGUCCUCCAUCAAUUCCAUAUGUUGGUGACUUGUUGAUUAGAUGUUUAGGACUUGAUGUGACUGGUAAAGUUGAAAAUCAACCUGAAAAUAAAAUAGUGAAUGUUAAAGACAAGUGUUCAAUUUUUUUAAAUAGUCAAGCUGAAAUAAAACAAGAUGAUAUUAUUAAAAAUAAUACUGAUGAUAAAUCUGAGCAACAAAGUAAGACUAGUUUUGUCAAGCGAAUAUUUUCAAGAAUAUUAUCAACUAAAGAUACAUCAAAUAAAAAAUCGGAAUAUGAUAUUUAUUGGGCAGCAAAACAAAUUAUUUUGUCAAGAAAAUAUUUUGAUAAAUGGCAAACUGUUUUAUUAACAACAAAAAUGAUUGAAGAAAAAGAAGAGCUUGAAAGAAAAAAUAUGAAUUUCAUGAGAAAAAGAGUGCAAAAUAUAUCAGCUUGGCUGGUACAAUGCCAAAAAUUUUCUCAAGGCUAUGAAUUUACAAGUAAUUCAUUGGCUUGGGAAUUUUUAUUAAAAGCAAGAUACAGAGAAGAUAGGGAAAAUUUUAUUUUAAGCAAAAAACUUGAGCCAUUGCUUGAGUGAAUUUUUUUUAUUCCUUUUAUUUUUAUUAAA